GAGGCUGCCAGCUGAGCCGUUGAACUACGGACGAAGGAAAAGGAGUUUCAAAGUUUCACCAUGCUGCCAUUCUACGUAGACUGUAGAAGUUAAGUUUAAAAUGGAUUAAAUCACUUGUUUCCUCGAUUUCUCAUUCACCAUGAAUGAAAAUGAAGAUAGUGUGAACGGACCCGCUUCCGAGUUUCCCUCCAGCAGUCAAGAUUCGGGGCCCAUGUCUUUAGAUGCAGACGACAUACCUACUCACAAAGAGCCCCCGACAAAUUCUUACUCGUUUUCAUGUGGACAUGUAAGCAUGAAUUCUUCAUCUGUGACUAAUCGGCCAAGGCCUCAGUUUCUUGAGAAUGGGCUCCGAUCAAUUCAAGAGAUCCCUGAACGCUACCGACAUGUCUUCGGAGAUUACCCAUGCUUCAAUCGGAUACAGUCCAUGGUCAUGGAUGUCGUGUUUUAUUCAAGUGAACCCUUGGUGGUAACUGCUCCUACUGGAUCAGGAAAAACUGUGUUAUUUGAAUUGGCUAUAAUUCAUUUGCUUAUGUCCUUUGAAAGCUCCUCAGUUCAAGAUGACUUUAAGAUAGUUUACAUGGCUCCUGUGAAAGCUUUAUGCACUGAAAAGUUGCAUGACUGGGCGAGGAAAUUUGCAAAGCUGAACAUAAAUUGUUUGGAGGUAACAGGAGACUCAGAGAUCACUGAUCUUGAUUAUUUAAAGAAACAUCAACUUAUACUGACUACCCCAGAAAAGUGGGAUUCAUUGACCCGACGUUGGAGAGAUCAUGCGAGUCUUAUGAAAUCGGUCCGCCUCUUCUUGAUUGAUGAGGUUCAUAUCUUAAAUGAUGAAACCAGAGGGCCAACUCUUGAAGCUGUUGUUAGUCGGAUGAAGAUGCUCAAAUUCCAGCAGUAUUCAGACAACCAAUCAUUGCCAAGCCUUCGAUUUAUUGCUGUCUCGGCAACCAUUCCAAAUGUAGAAGAUCUUGCCCAGUGGUUGGGCAGCCAUCAUGAACGCUCAGCUAAGCUUUUCAAAAUUGAUGAGGAAAUGCGCCCAGUCAAGUUGACAAAGAUUGUGAAAGGCUAUGAACAGAAGGGAGGCAGUUACAUGUUUGACAUUCAUCUUAGUUACAAACUUAAACCAAUAAUAUCUCAGUAUUCAGAUGGAAAACCAACUCUGGUAUUUUGCAGCACUCGUAAAAGUGUGCUUGCAACAGCAGAAGUAUUGGCCAAAAUGAUCACGUUCAACUUUACAGAAAAUCAGAAAGUAGAACUGUUGCAACUAAGUGAUCAGGUUGUUGAUAAAAAGGUCAGAGAGUCAUUGAUGGUUGGCAUUGGAUGCCAUCAUGCUGGUUUGGUCAUGAGUGAUCGAAACCUUCUUGAGAAAGCUUUCCGUGAUGGCCUGCUUCCUGUACUCAUUGCCACCUCCACUCUAGCCAUGGGCGUCAACUUGCCGGCCCACCUGGUGGUGGUGAAGAGCACCCAGUUCUACGGCAGCGGCGGCUACCAGGAGUACUCGGACAGCCAGCUGCUGCAGAUGAUAGGGCGCGCGGGCCGGCCCCAGUUCGACACCACGGCCACGGCAGUCAUCAUGACGCGGGCCUCCCUCCAGGACCACUACUCGCGGCUGACGGCGGGCACGGAGCCCAUCCAGAGCUCGCUGCACCGCCACCUGGUGGAGCACAUCAACGCCGAGGUGGUGCUGGGCACCAUCACCGACCUGCCCGCCGCCGUGGACUGGAUCAGGUCCACCUUCCUGUUCGUGCGCGCCAACCGCCACCCCCAGCAGUACGGGCUGGCCGUGGACCCCGGCAACGCGGUCAAGAUCAACGCCAAGCUGCAAGACAUGAUGCAGGUGGAGCUGAACGCGCUGGCCCGGCACAAGCUGGUGGAGACCAACGGCAUGGACGUGCGCGAGACGCCGGCCGGCAGACUCAUGGCGCGGUACUACAUCGCGUUCCAGACCAUGAAGGCCUUCAUGGAGGUGCAGGGCACCGAGUCUCUGGCCGACCUGCUGGCCGUGGUGGCCAAGGCGGCCGAGUUCCAGGACCUGCAGCUCCGCCACGACGAGAAGGCCUCCCUGAACGCGCUCAACUCGAAGAAGGACGGCGCGCCGGGCCUGCGCUUCCCCAUCAAGGGCAGGAUCAAGGACCGCGACGCCAAGGUCAACUGCCUGCUUCAGGCCCUGCUUGGCGGCCUCCACAUCGUCGAGCCCGCGCUGCAGCAGGAGGCAGGCAGGGUGGUUCGCACUGCCGAGCGCUUGACCAAGUGCCUGAGCGAGGUGGUGCAGCUGUCCGGCCACUACGGCGCGCUGCUCUCCGCCAUGCUGCUGCACAAGUGCGUGCGGUGCCAGCUGUGGGAGACGUCCGCGCUGGCCGCCAGGCAGCUGCCGCGCAUCGGCCCCGUGCUGGCGCAGCUGCUGGUCUCGGCGGGCAAGACCAGCCUGGCCCUCAUCGCCAGCAGCAACCCCCGGGACCUGGAGCGGAUCGUCAACAGGCUGCCGCCGUUCGGCAACGAGCUGCGCGACGCCGCCGCCGGCGUGCCCAAGCUCACCGUGUCGCUGGAGCGCCACGCCGACAACCUGGGGCUGCAGGUCGACAUCGGCAACCUGGACGUGGCGAGCCGCGACCCCCGCCACUGGGUCAACGUGCUCGUCGGCGACAGCGAGAACCGCGUGCUCGUCUGCGAUCGAUUCCCCUGCUCCAAGCUGUUCCAGGGCACGUACUCCAACCAGAUCGACGUGUCCGUCGUCACGAGCCGCAGCGUCACCGCGCACGUCAUGAGCGAGAUGUGGAUCGGCAUCGACGCAGAGCAGACUGUUCACCUGAGAGAGCCGUCCCCUGCCCCCGCCGCCAGGCCCCAGCAGCCGCCGAAGCAGAGGAAAACAUCGUUCAUGGACAAGAUGAAGGAAGCGGCGAGCCGCAUGGACGAUACCCCGUCGUACCGGCUCCAAGCGAACCAGGUCCGCGGCGAUUACAUGUCGCUGUCGCAGCGCCUCGAGCACUUCAAGAAGACGCCGGCCAAGAAGCUGCAGCACGGCGUCGAGGACGACGACCCGGACGAUCCUCCAUGCCCCGCCACCGGGGCGGCGACGCUGUCAAGCAAGCCGAGCCAAGCUGCGCCGCGAAAGCCGCCCGUCGUCGUGGUGACCCUGGACCCGUGGGACGAGGACAGCGGGGACGACGUCCAGGACGACGUGCAGGUGGUCCCCGACGAGUCCUGGACGCCAAAGCAGGAGCCCGUCGACGCGAUCGAGUACUCCUCCUACCCCAACCAACCCACCAUCAGGAACUUCUUCAAGCCCGAGCCGCCCGCCUCCCCGUCGCCUCCCUCCUGCAGCACGGCUAACUUCGCCUCGGCGGCGGCGGACGUCAAGGCAGACGCGGCGCCAGCAUCGCGCUUCGACCUUGACGACUCCUGGGACCUGGACAUCUUGGUGGCGGUGGAGGGGGACACUUUUGUACCGUGUGUCAAGUCGGUUUCCGAGUCCCCCGAAGACUCGACCCCUUAUCCUUAUCGCACUGACAGGGAAAACUGGGCGGGCUGCUGGGACCCCGAUUUGUCCAUCGGAAUCGACGCCCUUUUGCGCUCCUCGGACGACGAGGCGGCAGCUGACGACAGCGUCGGCGUGGACGACAAGAAGGCCCUCCUCUCCUCCGUCGAGGGGGACCCUCCCGAUAUCGACUGGUGUGGGGGGAGGGGCGAGCCCGGGGCCCCCGCACCCCUCGAUGCCCCACUCCCCGACUCCCUUGUCGAGAUGAAAAUCGGCUCGGAGAACAACGGCUGGCUGGAGGAGCCUUUCGACCUCAGCGGUCUGGACAUCCCCGAAGACUUGGCGGAUACCUCCAAAGCGCACCGCGCCAGUCCCCUGCCACAAAAGGAAGAGUUGGAAGGCGACGGGCCGAAAGCUGGCUCUGGAGUAGAAAAGGCUGGAGAUACUCUGGAGGACUGGAACCGUGAGCUGGAGGAGUGGAAGAAGAGUGAGCUGGAGCUCGACAACCUACACAAGUUGGCUGUGGCUGGGCCGGAAGAUGGUACCGGAGUAGAGAAGGCUGGUGGAGAUACUCUGGAGGACUGGAACCGUGAGCUCGAGGCAUGGAAGAAGAGUGAGCUGGAGCUCGACAACCUACACAAGUUGGCUGUGGCUGGGCCGGAAGAUGGUACCGGAGUAGAGAAGGCUGGUGGAGAUACUCUGGAGGACUGGAACCGUGAGCUCGAGGCAUGGAAGAAGAGUGAGCUGGAGAUCGGCAGCCUAGAAAAUUUGGCCAGUGAACCGUGUUGGCUCGGUGAAUUGGACGAUGCGGCAAGAGAUGCGGACCCGAAAGCAGCGGGAGAAGGGUUUCAUCUGCUGGAGAGUGGAGCAGGGCAGGAUGCAGCGGAUGUCUCGGGGAAGGGUGGUCCAUACAUGCAAGUCCAUCCUGUCGAGAUGCAAGUGAAGAGUGACGACAGUGCUCCUCACAGCGGAUUCGGGGAAGGCCCGCAAGCUCAUUCUACCGAGAUCCAGGUGAAGAGUGACGACAGUGCCCCUCACAGCGGAUUCGGGGAAGGCCCGCAAGCUCAUUCUACCGAGAUCCAGGUGAAGAGUGACGACAAUGCCCCUCACAGCGGAUUCGGGGAAGGCCCGCAAGCUCAUUCUACCGAGAUCCAGGUGAAGAGUGACGACAGUGCUUCCGACAUUCGAUUGGAAGAAGAAUUGCAAUUAUGUUCCACCGAGAUCCCGCGAGUAAAGAGUGAUGCCACUCACAGCACAUUGGGAGAAGACGUGCAAGUCCAUACUACCGAGAUUCAAGUGAUGAGUGACGAGGAGGGUGUACCGAUGGAGGAAGUGGUCCCCUGUCCGCAGGCUGAAGAGUGCUGUCAAGAAGAGAGUGGCCAAGAUGCAGGUCCGAGACCAGUGGCAUCCGGAGAGUGCUGUCAAGAAGAGAGUGGCCAAGAUGGGAGUCCGAGACCAGUGGCAUCCGGAGAGUGCUGUCAAGAAGAGAGUGGCAAAUAUGCAGGUCCGAAACCAGUGGCAUCCGGAGAGCGCUGUCAAGAAGAGAGUGGCCAAGAUGCGAGCCCGAGACUUCCCGCACCCGGAGAGCGCUGUCAAGAAGAGAGUGGCCAAGAUGCGGAUCCGAGACCACCCGCUGCGAAAGAGACCCUUGAGAAGGCUGAUGUCUCUGAGCCUCUACCAGUGAAACCAACACGCGGGCAGGUAGUCGGCAAGGAAUCGCCUCGUCCCGAGCGGCUGGACAACACGCCGCUGAAGGAGCAGGCCCACGGUGAAGAAGGCCUCGGCAGAGGCGUCAAGGAGGAGCAUCGCGUUGCCAAAGCCAAGGUACUACCAUUCGACGUCACCGUCAAGAGGCCGAGACUGUUCGAGUCCGAAAGCAAGGCAGCCAAGUCUUCUUCCCCGACAUCGAACCACCGAAAAGAGAUUCAGCUGGUGGUACCGGAUGGCCCCGAUGCAGGCAACGCACCUCCCUUACGACCCGUGCCUCACCGAAGCCAAACGUUGCAGGCAGCUGUGGCCGCAGUGCGCUCGUCUGACUCUCCCCUGAUCAAGAUCCGGAAACAGGACCCACAGUCCCAGGGCACUGUGCAGCUCAAAGACGACACGAUAGCCAAGCUGUUGGCUGACUGGUCGAGCAGGCCUCAGGCCAAGAGAGUGACCACCAGCGCGCCAAGCAAGCUCUCAAAGGCCAUGCCACUGCUCGCUGCCGGGCGGCAGACCCCGCCCCCCGCCGCCCCCAUGCUGCACGGGGUGGUCCACUGUGGCGGUGCGAGACGCACCGCGGCAGGCACCGUCACCACCGCUCCUGCCGAGGACAAGCAGGACGACUUCCUGGAACGCAUCCUGAAGGAGGACUGCCCGCGCCGCCUGCAGGGCAUGCUGAGCAACGGCAAGGAGGUGAGGCCCUUCAACACGGAGCGGCUGAGGGCGGCGGGCGUCGCGAGGGCCGAGAGCUGUGUGUUCAGCAAGCAGCUGGGCAAGCAGCUGGCCCAGGCGGUGGCGCCGACCAUCAGGCCCAUCAUGGACACCUGCAGGGCGCCCGGCGAGCAGGCCGCCUGCCGCCGCGGGCCUUCAGCCACCUCCUCGGACGGCCAGGUUGCCACCUCGGCCACCGGGACUGAGUGCGACGACGCAGAGACGGCGCGAAGGCCAUCUCCGUUUGCAGCCCCCCAAGAGAAGUCAGCCAGCGGUUCCCCGCCCCGCAAGAAGGCCGCCGUGGCUCCAGCAGCGCAAAUGCCAGCCGUAGCAGCGUCCCCCAGCACCAACACGGACCAGCCCACACCGGCCGCCCAGGGCGCCCAGGCCCCGGACUGGUUCGACCGUCUCCUCAGCCAGCCCCUCACGGCUUUGGUGCGCCGCCCCACCGGCCUGCUGGGCCUGAGGGGCACGGCCAAGCGCAAGGGGGACGCCAACGCAGGCAGCGCCGUGGUGUUCAAGAAGCCCACGGUGCCCAGCGUGUGGCAGCAGAUGGCAACGCAGCCUCAGGGGUCCCAGCCUUGA